AUGAGCAGCUCGUCGUCCUCAUCUUCCACCAGGAAGAGGGUGAGAUCGAAAUCGUCGGCGAAGGCGGCUCCGUCGAGCGACGCCACGAGGAACAGAGGAAAUCGCUCCCUUUCCACUGAUUCUUCGGAGGCGGCUGUGGGCGGCCUUGCCUUGCUUCAGCGGAUGGCUGCAGCCGCUGCCGCGGAGCAUCCACAGCCACCACCUGCCGCAGCUGUGCAGACCACCACUGCGGGGGCGAGUGCCUCUCUCGGGAACCAUCACGUGUUCAGCGCCGUUUUCCAGUGCUUCACAUCGCUCCCCUUCUACGCGUCGCUCCUGCUCGAGCUCCAAUCCAUGGCGCGGGCCAUUGACGAGCGCCCCCCGUACGCCCGGCAGGCCGUCUGGUCUCAGCUCAUGGCGCUCGUCGCCUCAUCACCAACAGCUGCCGCUACUUCCUCUUCUGGUGCGCCAUCUUCAUCUUCAUCUGUUUAUUCCAACAUGCCGGACGCCGCGUUCGGGCCUGUCGUGGCCGGGUGGCUGGCCGGUCCGAGCACGAACCUGCUGGCCGUGGAGCUGCUCUACCUCGCCUUCAUGCUGUCGGUGCUCAAGUACCCCGACCUCCUGGGCGACGACGGCGGUUCCGCCGCCGCAUCAGCCGCCGCCACCACGUCGGCCCUGCAGCCACCGCAGCACCAGGCCGGCCCGCACCAGCAGAUGCACGUGACGGCGCCUCCUGGCGGCCGAUCGCUGCAGCAACAGCCCGCACACCAUCAACACCGCCAGCAGCAGCAGCCCCAGCAGUCCCAACCGUCGCAACGGCACGCGCCAUCGCGGGCGGACUCGGAUGCCUCCACGUCAUCAUCGCGGGCCACGCAGCGGGCCGGGAGUGGCGGCCGCAGCAAUGCACCUCCCCCGUCUUAUUCUUCGUCGUCGACUGCAGCGCAGUCGCUGAGAGCAACUGGGUCGGUACCGCUACCCAAAGUGCUGCCGCUGGUCCCGAGUUCUCCGUCUUCGUCGUCUUCCUCUUCGGCUGGCGCGUUCCACGGCGGCGGCGGAAAGCCACGAGGCUCUGGCGCAACGCAGCCGCCCUCUCCUUCCCAGCCUGCGUCGCUGUCUCACCACCAGCAACAGCAGCAGCACCAUCUCCACCAGCAACAGCAACAGCUCAUGCCGGGUCCCGGACCCAACACUACCAUGGCUCUGCAACAGCUGGCGCUGCAUUGGGCCGGCGAGUUGGACGAUCUGCCGCCGGACCAGAAAAGCAUGCUGUGGCAGGUGUGCGAGUCCUUGCCCCACUGGACCGGCCACUGCUACAAGGACUCCUUUCACAAGACCGUCGAGCUCUGGUCCUCCGAUAUGUCGAUCUUCUCGCUCUUCUACGCGAUCAGCAUGGGGCACAACAUCUUCCCCAUGGGCGCCGGCCCAGCCUUGUCGACACUUCAGCCACACCACGCGCACAUCCUCGCACAGCCGCCCUCGCCCUCGCCGCACAGGCCUGGGUCUUCAUCGUCGACCUCCACCUCCACUUCAUCCACGUCAUCCUCGUCUUCUUCAUCGUCGUCGCAGCUGCCCUUCACCACCCUUCCGCCCCUCACGCAAACCGGCCUGCUCUCGUCCGGGGCGGCGCUCUCCUCCUCCGCCUCGCUCUCGUCGUCGUCAGGCGGCGCGCCUCCCUCGCCUUCGUCUCAGCGGCCGCGUCCGCCCUCCGACUCUGAGUUUGCCUAUCUCUCCGCCCUCAACUCCGCCGCCCUGCUCGCAACUCCUCCUCCUCGCUGA